GACACGAACAUUUGUUCACUGGAUCCGCAGUCAUCAAAACUUACUGCCAUCAAUUUCGGAGCAACUGAAAUAUCAUUAAUUGAUGAAAAUGUAAAGAUGCUGAGCAUCUUAAAACCUCCAUCCGCUCAUAUCUAUGUGGUUGAGCCGUACAGCUUAUACAUCAGAAUUAGCGGCGAUUCGUGGUACUUGGAAAAAAAUCGCGAAUAUCAUAUUUCAUUGGUUAUUGCCGACAGUGAUGAUAAUCCAAUGUACAUACCCGAGAAUGCAAAUUUCGCUACCAAAGUACCAGAGGAAUAUUUCAAACUCAUUAACAAAUCACGAAAUGGCGCAAAAUUCCAUGUGAAAGCAAUGAAAAGUGGCACUGCUAGUAUCCAGGCGACCUUUGUCUCAGUUGUAGACCAAGAUGGCAAUGAAAGAAGGAUGCCUUCAUCGGUACGCGGUGAAGCCACUGCCACAAUAUCGGAUCCAAUAGAAAUUGUGCCCUCGUUUGUUGCAUUCCCGUACGUUGACGUCAAAACAAUUCAUUCGCAGAAGCUUACGGCAAAAGGUGGCACCGGGUCAUUUGUAUGGUCAAGUGUUCAUUCAGAAAUUGCUUCUGUGGAUCCAAAUGGCAUUUUAUUGUCUGGAAAGCUGGGCGAGACAGAAAUAUUUGCAAGAGAUGUGCAGAAUAAUGCUCAUUCUGGUAAAGCAAUUGUUCAAGUGGUGCAGCCGACUGGGAUUGGUUUUGGGAAAUCACGUGUUGAGGCUGAGGUUGGCACUGACCUGACACUAUAUGUGAAAUUAUGGGCCACCGGAAAAUUUGGAGAAAUUUCAAUAAUGGAUUGUCGCCACGUGGAAUUUUUAAUAAAAAUAAUGGACAACAGCAUAUUUAAGAUGAAAACAGAUGGAACUCAGGAAAAGUCCCCCUAUGGUGAUGGUUGUUCGAGUUUCGUUCUCACUGCACUUGCAUCGGGUGAUACCACUGUGAUGGUUCAGUUCGGCAACAUGUCUGCAUCACUCCAAAUUUCGGCUUUUCCACCUCUCAGACUGGAAACUCCAACAGAAGUGCUUGUUCUUCUUGGCAGUCAUCUUGCUGUGCGUACGGUUGGUGGUCCGAGACCGUGGAUUGUGGAUUCGUCGAAGUUCUUCUCGAAAUUGCUCUACAGCAAAGAUUCGAAUCUUAUCACUGAUAGCACUACUGACGGACACACUGUCACCUGUAGAAAUGUAAAAGGCGAUGUUGCCAUUCUUAUUGUUGUUGGUAAUGAAGCAACUUCCUCAAAUCCGUUGCCUGCUAGAGCUGAGGUCAAAAUGAGGUUGUGUUGUGGUUUGCCCGAUCGAUUGUCGCUGUCACUGCUAAGGCCGCAUCAGAGUCGCUGUCCAGCCGGUAAUGCUGUUAGCUUUAGUGAGCCGUCCAAGAUGGUUUUAUCAGCGCAUGGUCGUUGUGAAUCAGGUCCCUCGAUGGGCACUGAGAAACAGUUCGACUCGCUGACUUCUCUUCAAGUGAAGUGGAGUAUAAAUGAAUCGAAUUUGGUGCAAGCUGUCGAAGAAGCGAAUUCUGUUGAACCACAUAAAGGUUGCCCCUAUUUGUUUUGCUAA